CGUUGGUUCCUGACUGUGAGUAGAGAGAUUGAAGGGGCAGGGCCCACAGUGGAGAAAUGGCGAGAAUGGUUAACGAGAACGGGUGUGGAGUGGAGACACAGAGCCCGGAGCCGCAGGGACCGGGCCGGGGCUCGGCCAGAUGGGGUCCACAACACGCCGGUGCCCGAGAACUGGCCAGUUUAUACUCACCAGGCAAAAGAUGUCAAGAGUGGUUAUGUGUCCUCCUCUGCUUCUCUCUCAUGGCCUUCAAUUUCAUUCACCUUCUUGCCAAUUUCCACCUGGGACACUUGUGGUACAUCCUGCUGAGUAUUGUGGCAGGAAUACUCACAGCAGACUUUGCGUCAGGACUUGUUCACUGGGGGGCUGACACGUGGGGAUCAGUGGAUCUACCUAUCUUUGGAAAGGCCUUUAUACGACCAUUUAGAGAGCACCACAUCGACCCCACAGCCAUUACCCGUCAUGACUUCAUUGAGACCAAUGGUGACAACUGCAUGUUGACCAUAAUCCCUCUAGCACACAUGGCCUUCAGCUUCGUCACCCUCUCCCCUGCGGAGAUUUACCAUAUCUACCCCUGGUACUGCUACUUGUACGCACUCGGCAUCUUUGUGACUCUUACCAACCAGAUUCACAAGUGGUCGCACACGUACUUCGGCCUACCUCGUUGGGUCGUGUUUCUGCAGGACUGCCACAUCAUCCUCCCUCGCAAGCACCACCGCAUCCAUCACGUCUCCCCUCAUGAGACGUACUUCUGCAUCACCACAGGUUGGCUGAACUACCCUCUGGAGAAAAUCGGUUUCUGGAGGAACCUGGAGGAUCUUAUCCAGGGCGUGACGGGAGAGAAGCCCAGAGCAGAUGACCUGAAAUGGGCUCAAAAAGUGAAGUAACGCUGCAGGCUAACUUCACCCUACCUCAGAAGACACUGGCUCUGUCCAGGCUUCUCAUCCCCUUUUUUGCCUCACACAAACUGUAAUCCAUAAAAAGACAAAUUAACAAACACUUUCUGAUGCCAUAGCUUUAAGUCUUGCACAUUGUGUCUGUUUUUCAAGAGGAGGGCUCUGUUGAUGGGAUUUUUUCAUUACUCACUCUCAUGGAUCAUCAUGUGAAAUUGCAAUAUAUCCUAAACUCUUCGUGUGUCUAACACAACUCAUCACUUUUUUGAGGCAAUUUACAGAUGCUUUUGUUAAGACGGUUUGAUCAGAUACUUUGCGGUCAGAUGCAGAUAAUUUGAAACCGCUUCCUAAGGAGAUUAAAAGAUUUCCCUCACGUCAGAAAAUUCAAACAAUCCCAAGAAAGAAUACUUGAAAGAGUGAACACUCACUUUUUUCCCUCCUCCAGAGACGCAGCUGUUCAUUUGCAGACUGGAUAAGUCACGUUAUAUUUAGCACUGCAUUUUUUUUGUCUCUGGAUCGGUCUUUGCAUCUCCACCUCAUCAAGGGUCUGAUUGAUGUGCAAGUAAUAAAAUUGGAUUUAGGCCAUGGUAAGUAGUAGGGCUGGGGUGAUAAAGGAUUUUUGGAUGCUUUACCUAUGUUGAUAGCUAAAGAACAAAAUGGUUAAUCACUGUUACAUUUGUUGAUUUCGUGAACAUUUUGGUUAGAUGCACACUUUUGGGGCAUUUUUAAAGAGUGGUGUCAGUUAGUUUUAAAAAAACAAAUACAAACCAGUGCCCACUGUUGUUGUUUCUGUUAACUCUCUACAAAUCAAAAUACAGCCAUAUUUAAUUGUUUAGCUGUGGAUUUUUUAGUGUGAGACAAUGACUACAGUUGCAGUGGAAGAGUCAGUAAAACCAGAAUCGUUCCUCCAGGAUGCUAAACGACAGAUCUGACAGUUUAGAAAACGAGUUUUUGUGUAAACAGUCCAGUCAGAUCUUAAGCUGGCAUUUUGAUGGAAUGUUUUAUAUUAUCGGGCUGUUGAAUUCAGGGCUGGGUGUUGUUUAAAAAAGUACAAAACCAGAACCAAAACCGGUGCCCUUUAAGAGUUCUUCAUUCGAUAUCCGCCAUGUGAAUGGAAACAUUCAGCUGCAGAAAAUGCCACCAGACGCUACAGGCAUGUAGUAUAGCCAAACUUUUAAAUGUUUUGGUGGCAUGUCAGCACGCUAAACUGCCAACUCCGUCAAAUACACCACAGGCGUAUGGGUUGUAGCUCCUGUGUAGCUCCUACGUCGCAUUAAAUCAAAGACGGCUUGUGGUGAUUGGCUGCAAGCAAAACCAUACAAAUAGCCAUUUUUUCCUAGAUGUGGGUGCAAAAAGGAUCGAAUGCAGGUCUCGUUUGACUGGAGAAGUUUGAUACUACUUGGUACUGAGUUGUUUCACUCGAUACCUGAAAGAUAUUAAGUUCCAAUACCCAGCCUUAAUGAGACAGCUUCAUAUAUAUCUUAAAUAAUAGUGGAAACAGAAGAUGCAUAGAGUGAUUUGAAAAAAGUGACAUUGAAAUGUGUGUAACUGUAGUCAUUGUUGAUGCUAGGCCAGUAGGAAAUCUGGGAAAACACACCAGUCACACCACUGUUCUGCUGAGUCUGUCUGGCCUGACUAACUAGUCCAUCAGAUGAUCAUGUGUCCUCUGUGAAAAGCCUUUUUUUAACCCCUGGUACACUGACAGUUUGACAGGACAGAGGCAGACACAGUUUUGACCAGCUGCCUUACACACCACAGAUGCAGUACUUGUGUCUUUUUGCUUAUUUUUUGUUUCAUUUGCAGCACUCCUUUGUGUUAAUUAUUGUGUCUUUCUGGGGUUUGUGUCUCCGUUAAUCAGACACAGAUCCUCCAAAGUUAUGUGCCAACAGUGUGUAACAUUGUUUUAACUCCUCGCAUCUUGCUAUUCUUUUGUGUUGUGUUGGAAGAAACUGUCGGCUUCGAAGUGUAACAUUGGCCGUGAGGAAUGCUGCCACUGUGUACCGUCUUGGUAACCGUGACAGGCAGACUUGGUGAUGUUACAAGGGCUUCUGUGGUUGUUUUUUUUUAAUGCUUUAGUCAGUAAUUUGUAAAUGUAUUGUACAGCGAAUAACUAUGCAGUGUAAUCAGAGGCCCUUAACCAUACGUCUUAACUCAUCUGAUUAGGUUCAAAUGCCUUUCUUUUUCUACUAGUUUACACGUAUUUGCUAUUUGAGUUGGAAAACUGGAGCUUAAAAAAGUAGCUACUUAAACUGCAUGACGAAAUUACUUUUACUAAUUAAGAUGUCACUUACACAGACGUAAGAAUGCGUGCAUGCAUACAGCAUGUUGGCUUGUGCAAGCGAUAUACCGGGUCACCAGCUUUCCUUUGGGUUUAUGAAGAGCAGACACUGAUUAGGGAGGAUUGUGCUUGCUCCAGAUUAAAUUAAUUGUGCUGCUUUCAAAAGAUGACCCCAAACUUUGACCAAACAGUCCCUUGAACAACCAAAAUGUUAUGUGAUCAAUCCUAGAUUCUUCAGGUUUAAAUUGGAGGCGCUGCGUUUGUUGCCUAGUUAGGUUGACCUGGUUAAAGGCUGAAUGAAAGGCUGAACUACUUUGUACUCAAAGUAGACAAUUUAGUAUUAGUUCAUUUUGAAGGUAAAAAUCAAGCUUUAUAUAAUGAAAUAUUCCAGUUUUUGAAUCCUAUAUACUUGAUUAUAAACAAUUAUCCACCAUAGGUCAACAACAGAAGUACACUGCAGAUUGCGUAGUGCUUGUAGAGUAUUGUGAGAAGCAGUUUUGUGUGCACUAGGUUGUGUAAUAUAUGCUGGUAAAUGGAUGCCGUUAUGUUUCACUGCAAAGGCGUGCGUAGAAGUUGUGCUCCUGUAGCUCUUUUGGAUCAGUAUUAGGCACAAAAUAGUUUGGGUGCUGCUAGCUGCAGAUAGUAGACACAUUUCAGCUUUGACACACCACUUAGUUUAUGAAUAGAAAUUUGGCGUUGGCUCUACUGGAUGUUUUGGCGCUUCAGCGAAUUGCUUUUUGUGAUAAUAUAAAAGUAAUGAGAAUUUUAAGGACGUUUUGUGUUUUUGUAAUACUGCAAAAUAGGAAAGGUUAGUGGUUAGAUAUACAUGACAUGUCAUAAUUAGUUUGGACAAAACUGACAACCUCGCAAUAAAAAUAAAUGGUGAGCUCAGAAGGAAUCCAGACCAUAAUAAUAAUCCUGACAGAGUGGCUGUAAUUGUUGUUUAUGGUUGUGAUAGUUGGGAGUCAGGUUGUGAGUAUAGAUCUAACAUGCAUUAACUUAUUCUUCAUUCUUAUUCUCCAGAUGAUCUCAGGAUUGUGGUUAGAGUGAUUUAAAUAGGUUAUUAUGAAUUUAUGGAUAAACGAAAAAAAAACCCUCUCCAUUAGUGAAGUUCAGGCCGUUAUUUGAAAGAUAACAGUUGUUUAAGUCACUUGUUUCCAUCAGAUUCUGUUGGCCAAAGUAGCCAGAUGAUGAUUUUAAAUACAUUAUGGGUUCUAUUGUAGCCAUAUAUCAGUAUAGUUAACUUGGCCUCUUGUUGUUGAGGUAGAAUUUGUUGUUUAAAAACAGACAUCAGUGGAUUUGAAAGGGUAUUUUGUGACAAUGUGUGGUUUACUAAAUAUUUUUCCCACUGGAAAUGGUGAAAGCAAAUGAACUGGUUGGUAUGUGGGGUGGGCAGUCAUUGUUGGUUUGUUCGACAUGCUGUGUUGAAAUCACUUUUGUAAUGAUCCUUGGACUUUUUAUUGAAUUGCCUUAUCCUCUCCCUGAUUGAUUUACUGUAAAUCUUGCCAGCGAUGUGGGAAAACAAUUUAUUGACUGACAUUAAAUUGCCCUUCACUUGCCUCUCACUUGUUCUGAGGCAAGGCUCAUGUGGAUGUUGUAGUUGGUUAUGUAUGCUGGUGGUGAUGGAGUUUUAGAUAUCAGAAUAAUGCCUUGAUGCCUUUUUGUUGUCUUCCCUUUGGGAGACUUACAAUGUAUAUAUUAAAUUGUAUUUAUAAAUAAACUAAAUAAACAGUUGAUAAUUACUGCUA